GUAUACGAUACAAGCCGAUAGAAACAAUUUUAACUCGCCCGGCUGAUGAAUUUUGAAUGAGAAAGUGGCUAAUUAUGCAAGUCUUCCUCGGCAAGUUGUAUAUUGACAGUAUGCAUUGCGUCGAAUAGUACAGUAGUCAUUGAUUUUGUGUCUCGCUCGCCGAGCGCUUGACGAUUCGGUAGCAGAGUGUAGCAGAGUCUAUUGUCUAAGCGCGUGGACUACACGGAACAAUAUAACGGAGAAUCUGUAGUUGCAAUUUUCUUACCAAAAUGGCGACGAGCUAAGAGUAGUUAGGUGGAAUGGAGAGAAAAACGCGUUUUGUCGCGGUAUGGUAUAACACGGAAUAUAUCGGCUGACAAAUUCCGGACAUGAGGAUAAAAAUUCAAUUGUACUGCAGUUAUUUAGAUGGAUACAGAAGAUAAUGUGGAUAUAUCGAGAUUACAGAUUGCAUCGUUUUUUCUCGCGUGUUAGAUUCUGUCUCCUGGAAUAAAACGUGCAAAAGUUAUUUCAUCUUUCUUAAAGAGGAUGUUUUCUCAUGUUUUUUCUUUAAAUAAUUAGUGGAGUUGUUUAGCACUUGUUUUUUUUUCUAUUCUGGAAAUUUUCACGGAUAAAUAAUUCACUCUGUAGUGAUUACAAUUUCUCAUUAGCCUUCAUUCAGUGCUUUCUGUCAAAAUGUGGAACUGUCUUUAGAUCGGCUUCAAAAUUGUUGCACUAGAGAAUUUCGAACUUCCGUCUCCCUCCAAGACUGGCUCAAGUAUGGCUUCGGUUGCAGCCUGGUUACCGUUCGCGCGAGCGUCUGCCAUAGGAUGGGUGCCCGUUGCGAAAAAUCCAUUGCCCCACUCACGGGUUAAAGGGGUCGAAGAUGGUCGGGGGGACGACAAGCUUUUGAUCAAUGUUAGUGGAAGAAGGUUCGAGACCUGGCAAAAUACUCUAGACAAGUAUCCCGACACGUUGUUGGGCUCGAACGAAAAGGAUUUCUUUUACGACGAGCAAUAUAAAGAAUAUUUCUUUGAUAGAGACCCAGAUAUAUUUAGACAUAUUUUAAAUUAUUAUCGGACUGGUAAACUUCACUAUCCCAAACAUGAAUGUAUAUCAUCUUACGAUGAAGAACUUGCUUUUUUCGGUAUUAUGCCGGACCUUAUUGGUGACUGCUGUUACGAGGAUUAUAGAGAUAGAAAAAGGGAAAACAGCGAAAGACUUUUGGAUGACAAAGCUUCUGAUGCAGGGGACACGGAACCCCUCGAAUCUAUCCGCGCUGAAAUGUGGCGAGCGUUUGAAAACCCACAUGUUGGCACCGCCGCUCUUGUAUUCUAUUACGUUACUGGUUUCUUUAUCGCCGUUUCUGUGUUUGCAAACGUUGUUGAAACUAUUCCAUGCGGGAAGGUCCCGGGGACAGGCAAAAGGCUAUCAUGCGGGGAUAAGUACUCAGUAGCAUUCUUCUGUUUGGACACGGCCUGUGUAAUGAUUUUCACGGCGGAGUAUAUGUUACGUUUUUACGCCGCGCCGGAACGCUUAAAAUUCAUGCGAAGCGUCAUGUGUAUAAUUGACGUUGUGGCUAUCAUGCCGUAUUACAUCGGUCUGCUUAUCCCAGAAAAUGAUGACGUCAGUGGAGCCUUUGUGACCCUUCGAGUGUUUCGUGUAUUUAGGAUUUUCAAAUUCUCUCGUCAUUCGCAAGGUCUGCGAAUUCUGGGCUAUACUCUGAAGAGCUGCGCAAGUGAACUAGGUUUUUUGCUCUUCUCCCUUACUAUGGCUAUCAUUAUAUUUGCCACUGUUAUGUUUUAUGCAGAGAAAAAUGUGCCGAAGACAAAGUUCACAAGUAUUCCUGCAUCGUCUUGGUAUACCAUCGUUACCAUGACAACUCUAGGUUAUGGUGACAUCGUUCCAAAGACUAUACCUGGUAAGAUAGUGGGCAGUGUUUGCUCUCUUAGUGGAGUGUUGGUCAUAGCGCUUCCGGUUCCUGUUAUUGUCUCAAAUUUUAGCAGAAUAUAUCAUCAAAAUCAACGGGCUGACAAACGAAAAGCACAAAAGAAAGCCCGUCAAGCACGCAUUCGUAUGGCGAAGAAUGCGAGUGGAGCGGCGUUCUUGAAUAGCAAGAAGCGUGCGGAGGAGAUGGCUUUAGCUCAAGAGAGUGGUAUGGAUAUUGGAGAGUCAUUUCGUGAUCAGGAUAGAUUCAAUAUGCAACAUCAUCAUUUGUUAAAUUGUUUAGAAAAUACAACGUUGGGGGGUAGACGCUUGUCUAGUAAUAGAAGAUUUUUAAUGGGCAGGAAACGUAACCGGCAUACAGAGGAACAAGACGAAUUAAAUGACAUACAGAUUCGUCUACCAACUUUACAUAGAUCCUCAAGAUCGAGUUUGAACGCUGUUGAUAACAUGAACAAUAAAUCUAACAAUACCCUCACUGUAACCCAAGCAAUGGUUGCUCCCACACCGAGCACCACCCCGGAGACGGAGUCAUCCAAGACCACACAGAGCACGAGUACGGCGGUGUCUCCAAUACAGGGGCAUGCGCCCUGUCAUAACCCAAAUACAAAUGUAGUGAGAAUCUCUACAUUAUAACACCGCACCAAAAAUUAUAUAUACUCUGUUUAUCCAAAAAUAAUUAGAGACCCCAUUUCCAGAAAGUCCUCUGGAAAUUAACAAGGCCAGGACGGAAAAAAGGAGGAGACGCUAGAAUCAGUGUUUGGGAAAGGAUUGUCAUUUGACGUAUUGUGCGAAAAUUCAGCUCAAAGUCUUCUUAUCACUUUAUUUAUGAAUGUCGUACAUAUACAAGAUUCUACACUCAGCAUUAUUUUUACUGACUUAAUGCUGAGGAAAAAGUAAGGUAUGCCUCGAUAGUGUAAUUUACUGAAUAGUACGCGCUUCAAAAGAAUAUCAAAAUAUUUAUAGAAGGAUAAAAGAUAUAUUCAAAAGAAAUAUUCAAAGAAAUUAAGUAUGAUCAAAAUCUACCACCAACGCUUUAUGGAGCGAUAAUCAAAACUUACGGAACCAAACGAAGUAAAAAUAAUAAACAAUGUUUCCCGAUGUGAUUGAUAACGUUCGGAUAGCUUUACAUAGCAUCAAAAAUUGCCGAGUUGAUCCGAUUGCCUGUGACCAAUAGAAAAACGGAAACGGGUUGAUGAUGUUUAAUAAUGAGAAAGUUGUA